AGGCAUAAAGUUGAUCAGAACUGAAAAACUGGUGUCCCACAAGGCUCAGUACUCCUCUUCUUUUCUUCCUGUUAAAUCUUUUGGCAAAGUCAUAUCCUCUCAUAUUCUCUUACCACUGCUAUGCCGAUGUCACUCAAUUUAUCCCCUUCGUUCAGACACUAUGGCUUCAACAUAGAUCUCUGCAUGUCUGGUGUACAUAUCAUCAUAAUAACAGCUCAUAACCUGAAACUCCAGCAAAUACCAGCAAACUUGAACUACUGGAAAUCCCAGAUAUUUCAUGCCUUAGUCAGGAUCUCUGAUCUCUCUCUCUCUCUCUCUCUCUCACACACACACACACACACACACACACACACACACACACACACACACACACAAACAGUUUCAGAGAAAACGAAAGAUCUCUCUCUCUUUCACUGAGUUAAAAAAAUGGCUGAGGCGAGUAUUUCAGAAGAUCAGCUUUCAGUGGAUGAGUUCAUCUGUCCAGUGUGUCUGGAUCUCCUGAAGGAUCCGGUGACUCUCUCCUGUGGCCACAGUUUCUGUAAGCUGUGUAUAAAUGGCUGCUGGGAUCAAGAGGAUCAGAAGGACGUCUACAGCUGUCCUCAGUGCAGAGACACUUUCACACCAAGGCCUGUUCUACGCAGAAACAACAUGCUGGCUGAAGUGGUGGAGAAACUGAAGAAGACUGAAGUCCAAGCUGCUUCUCCUGAUCACUGUUAUGCUGGACCUGGAGAUGUGGAGUGUGAUUUCUGCACCGGGAGAAAAUACAAAGCCAUCAAGUCCUGUCUGGUGUGUGUGGCUUCAUUUUGUGAAACUCAUUUAAAACAUCAUCUUGAAAGUCCUGUUUUGAAAAAACACACAUUAAUUGAUGCCUCUGGAAAUCUACAAGAGAAGAUCUGCUCUGAACACGAUGAAGUUCUGAAGAUCUUCUGUCGUACUGAUCAGAGAUGUAUUUGCCCUUUUUGCCUGUUGGAUAAACAUAAAGGACACGACGUUGUAUCAGUUACAGCAGGAAGAGCUGAGAAACAGAGUGAGUUAAAGGAGGAGCAGAUGAAGUUCCAGCAGAGACUCCAGGAGAAGCAGAAGAAGGUGCAGGAGCUGAAACAGGCUGUGAACACUAUAAAGCUCAGUGCACAGACAGCAGUGGAGGACAAUGAGAGGAUCUUUACUAAGAUGAUCAGAUCCAUGAAGAAAAAGCGCUCGGAGGUGACGGAGAUGAUCAGAGCUCAGGAGAAGGCUGAACUGAGUCGAACUGAACGACUCCUGGAGCAACUGGAGCAGGAGAUUGAUGAUCUUCAGAGGAGAGUCGAUGAGAUGGAGAAGCUUUCACACACACACGAUCACAUCCAUUUCCUCCAGGCUUUAGCUUCUGGAUGUCAGUCUCCUCUAUUAGAUAGACUACAUUUUGAUAUGUCCAGAAUCAGGGUCUCUCAACAUCUGUCAUUUGAUGGAGUGAAGAAUUCUCUCUCAGACCUGAAGAAGAGACUGGAGGAAUUCUGUGAGGAGGAAUUCAACAAAAUCCCUCCACAUGCUGCAGCAGUUCAGAUCAUUUCACCACCAGAUCCACAGAACAGAAAAGAGUUUCUGAAAUAUUUCUGUUCUCUGACUCUGGAUCCCAACACGGCACAUCGUAACCUCAUUCUGUCUGAGAAGAACAGAGCAGUGACUGUCAGUGAGAUACAGCAGCAGUACUCUGAUCAUCCAGAGAGAUUUGACUCCUUUUGUCAGGUGUUGUGUAAGGAGAGUGUGUGUGGACGCUGUUACUGGGAGGUGGAGUGGAGCGGUCUUGGUGUGUCCAUAUCAGUCUCAUAUAAAGACAUCAGGAGGAAAGGAUGGUCUGAGUGUGGGUUUGGAUUCAACAAACAAUCCUGGAGUCUGGAAUGUUCUUCUUCUUUUCUCACUUUCUAUUGCAACCGCAUUAAGACUGAUCUCGAAGUUCCAUCAUCCCCCAGAAUAGGAGUGUAUGUGGACCACAGUGCAGGAAUUCUGUCCUUCUACAGUGUCUCUGACACCAUGAAGCUCCUCCACAGAGUCUACACCACAUUCACUCAGCCUCUAUACGCUGGGUUUGCGCUCCACUGGUGUAGUAGUUCAUUUUCAUCUUUGAGAUUGUGUGAUGUAAAAUGCAUAAAUGUCAUGCACUGCUUACAUACAAUCGACAGGAAAUUACUGGACAUCGCCAACUCACGACACAUUGACUUCACUAGUUUUAUUCCACUGGAGCUACAACACAUUGUUCGCUCCCAGAGUCACCACCGAAACCACCACCAAAACCAUCCCCGGGGUCACGAUGCACCGGGCUCGAGUGAGUUAGCUGACACCAGGAGAGCACUACGGAGACGGCGACACAAGCGAGCUAACUCCAUGGCAGCACUCAGCAAACUCCAUGACUUCAUCAGCGCAUUAGAAACGGCUCAUCCUGACGCUGUUUUUAUUGUUGCUGGUGACUUCAACCAGUGUAGUUUAUGGACUGUAUUCCCCAAAUACCACCAGCAUGUGGACAUUCCCACCCGUGAUAAGAACACCCUGGACCAUGUUUACAGCAACAUACGUGGUGCAUACAGGGCUGCACCACGCCCCCACUUCGGACACUCAGAUCACAUCUCUUUGUUCCUGUACCCUGCUUACAGACAAAGACUGAAACAAGCACACCCUGUCACUAAACAGGUUAAACUCUGGAACCCAGAGACUGAGAGCACCCUGAAGGACGGUUUUGCUUUGACAGACUGGGAUGUGUUUAAAGCUGCAGCCACUCUGGAGGACUCUUCCGUCAGCGUACAGGACUAUGCUGAGUAUGUGACUGGGUACAUCAGCACUUGUGUCGAUAACAUUGUGCCCACCAUACAAAUUAGGAAGUUUCCAAACCAGAAGCCCUGGGUAAACACUCAGGUACGUCACAUGCUGCGUGCUCGCUCUCUUGCAUUUAGAUCAGGCAACGUGACUGAGUACAAAGCUGCGAAGUAUGGACUGAGAAAAGCCAUCACAGUGGCCAAGAGGCAGGCAGAUGUGGCAAGGUCUGCAGCAAAUCACGGACUACAGGACCACCACAAGCAAUAUCACCUCAACAGCCUGCCAGAUGACCUCACCACAUUCUACACCCGCUUUGAGGCCCCCAGCUACACUGCAGAGAGGGGGCUCACACACACCUGGACCACCCAGCUUCCCUCCCCUCCACUAGCCAUCUCAACAACCCAGGUACACAAAACUCUGAGGAAGAUCAACCCCCGCAAAGCAGUAGGACCAGACAACAUUCCUGGGCGGGCCCUCAGAGCAUGUGCCAACGAGCUGACUGAUGUUCUCACCUCCAUCUUCAACCUCUCCCUCAGUCAGUGCACCGUUCCUUCGUGCUUUAAGUCCACAACCAUCAUCCCCCUGCCUAAGAAGAGCACACCCACCUCCCUGAAUGACUACAGGCCAGUGGCACUCACUCUAAUCAUCAUGAAGUGUUUCGAGAGAGUGGUGCUGGCCCACAUUCAGAGCAGCAUACCAGACACUAUUGACCCUCUGCAGUAUGCCUACCGGCCCAACAGCUCCGCCUUCAACACGGUUAUCCCCCACAAACUGUCCACACUUGGUCUGCACCCCACCCUCUGUGACUGGCUCCUAGACUUCCUGACUGGCAGGCCUCAGUCCGUCAGGAUUGGUAAUAGGACUUCACCCAGUAUCAUCACAAACAUUGGAACUCCACAGGGUUGGGUACUCAGCCCCAUCCUCUACACCCUGUUCACUUAUGACUGUGUCGCCUCCCACAAGGAUAACAUCAUCCUGAAGUUUGCGGACGACACUGCAGUGAUAGGACACAUCACUGGCGGUGACGAGGCAGCCUACAGGAGGGAGGUGGCCAGUCUGGUGUCAUGUGAGGACCUCACUUGGACACCUCACGUCACGCAGCUGGUCAUGAAGGCCCAACAGCGGCUGUAUUUUCUGAGGAGGCUGAAGAAGUUUGGCAUGUCGCCUAAGAUCCUCAGAAACUUCUGCAGCUGCGUCAGAGAGUGUCCUGACCAACUGCAUCACUGUGUGGUACGGCAGCACUACUGUCAUGGACCGCAAACGUCUGCAGCGAGUGGUGAGAAGAUCAUCAGGACUCCACUGCCCUCUCUGCAGAGCAUCUACCACCACGGAGUCCACAGGAGAGCUGCUUCCAUCCUCAAAGACCCCUCCCACCCCCAGCACGGAUUGUUCACAGGUACAGAAACACACACACACACACACACACAUACACACACACACACACACAAACAGUACAUUUCAGAGAAAACGAAAAAGAUCUCUUUCUCUUUCACUAAGUUCAGGAAAAUGGCUGAGGCGUGUAUUUCAGUAGAUCAGCUUUCAGUGGAUCAGUUCAUCUGUUCAGUGUGUCUGGAUCUCCUGAAGCACCCGGUGACUCUCUCCUGUGGUUACAGUUUCUGUAGGUUGUGUAUUAAUGAUCACUGGGAUCAGGAGGAUCAGAAGGGCGUCUACAGCUGUCCUCAGUGCAGAGACACUUUCACACCAAGGCCUGUUCUACGCAGAAACAACAUUCUGGCAGAAGUGGUGGAGAAACUGAAGAAGAAGACUGAAGUCCAAGCUGCUUCUCCUGCUCACUGUUACGCUGGACCUGGAGAUGUGGAGUGUAAUUUCUGCACAGGGAGAAAACACAAAGCAAUCAAGUCCUGUCUGAUGUGUGUGGCUUCAUUUUGUGAAACUCAUCUCAAACAUCAUCUUGAACGUCCUGCUUUGAAAAAACACACAUUAAUUGAUGCCUCUGGAAAUCUACAAGAGAAGAUCUGCUCUGAACAUGAUGAAGUUCUGAAGAUCUUCUGUCGUACUGAUCAGAGAUGUAUUUGCUCUUUGUGCCUGUUGGAUAAACAUAAAGGCCACGACGCUGUACCAGUUGCAGCAGGAAGAACUGAGAAACAGAGUGAGUUAAAGGAGGAGCAGCUAAAAUCCCAACAGAAACUCCAGGAGAAGCAGAAGAAGGUGCAGGAGCUGAAAAAGGCUGUGAACACUAUAAAGCUCAGUGCAAAGAUAGCAGUGGGGGACAGUGACAGGAUCUUUACUGAGCUGAUCAGCUCCAUGGAGAAAAAGCGCUCGGAGGUGACGGAGAUGAUCAGAGCUCAGGAGAAGGCUGAACUGAGUCGAACUGAACAACUCCUGGAGGAACUGGAGCAGGAGAUUGGUGAUCUUCAGAGGAGAGUCACUGAGCUGGAGAAGCUUUCACACACACAUGAUCACAUCCAUUUCCUCCAGGCUUUAGCUUCUGGACCUCAGUUUCCUCUAUUAGAUAGACCAGAGUUUGACACGUCCAGCAUCAGGGUCUCUCAACAUCUGUCAUUUGAUGGAGUGAGGAAUUCUCUCUCAGAUCUGAAGAAGAGACUGGAGGAAUUCUGUGAGGAGGAAUUCAACAAAAUCCCUCCACAUGCUGCAGCAGUUCAGAUCAUUUCAUCACCAGAUCCACAGAACAGAGAAGAUUUUCUGAAAUAUUUCUGUUCUCUGACUCUGGAUCCCAACACGACACAUCGUAACAUCAUUCUGUCUGAGAAGAACAGAGUGGUGACUGUCAGUAAGAGAGAGCAGCAGUACUCUGAUCAUCCAGAGAGAUUUAACUCCUGGCCUCAGGUGUUGUGUAAGCAGAGUGUGUGUGGACGCUGUUACUGGGAGGUGGAGUGGAGCGGUGUUGUGUACAUAUCAGUCUCAUAUAAAGACAUUGGGAGGAAAGGAGGUGGUGAUGAGUCUGUGUUUGGAUGCAACAAACAGUCCUGGAUUCUCCGAUGUUCUUCUUCUUCAUCUCUCUCUUUCUCUCACAACAAAAUUAUGACUAAUCUCAGAGUUCCAUCAUCCUCCAGAAUAGGAGUGUAUGUGGAUCACAGUGCACGAACUCUGUCCUUCUACAGUGUCUCUGACACCAUGAAGCUCCUCCACAGAGUCCACACCACAUUCACUCAGCCUCUAUACGCCGGGUUUGGGCUCUACUGGUGUUCUGGGCCUUCAUCUGUGAGAUUGUGUGAUCUAAAAUAAUGUGUGUAGUUUUGUGUAACAUUCUUCCACAUUGUUACUACUGUACAUCAUCUGUUUAACACACAAUCCAGCUGCACAAAAAACAUUUUCAAUGUAAAUUAAAACAG